UGUACCGCCGCGUGUGAAUGUUUGAAUUCGGAUUGUUUCGCGUCGUCGAUAUGUCCGGUAUGUGACAUAACGUGAGUGUAUCGUGAUCUAGAGAUUUGAAGAGAAAAGUCGCGAGACGAUCCUGCAUUCGCGCUUUUGAUUUAUUGCGCGAAUUUCUGAUUUUUUCUUUUUAUUUUGCGCGGAUGAACACGCACGAGCGGCAGCUACACGAGGCUUGAAGUCCGGCCACAGUGAGACGUCAUGAAGGAGGUCCAGGAGCAGCAGCAGCCGGAGUCAAUGGAAUCCAACGAGUCGGUUUCCGGCUCGAACGAGUACGCCUAUCGACCGCUCACGACAAAGCACAGAAGGGCCGGAAGUACUGGAACAACCGGCGACGAGGAAUACACCACGGACGAGGAUGAGCUCUACACGGAUGAAGCUGAUUGCUCGAUCGGCGCCACGUUACAUCCGCCUCAUCCCAUUCUUAAAUCAGACCUCGCGAGAGCAGCCACGGACCUAUUCGGAUAUGUCGCUAAACGCGAGGAUGAAGACGAAGAACCCACUAGUCUGUUCGAUGAAGAUGAUAACAAGUUCCUAGGUGAUAGCUCAACCAAAACCGCUCCACUGUUCGCGUACAACGAAAAGUUACAAGGUGUUCUAUCGAGACAUCGAAAUCCAUCGGAAGAGAAGAAGGCGGUAAAGUCCUGCGAGUUAAAAUCUCAUGAAUUGGAAGUCUUGGAGUCUACAACUCAGCAUACAAAACCUUUGGAUUUUCGAUUGAAUACAGUUCAAUCUGCGGGAGAAACAAGCGAUGAGAAAAUUGAUACGGACUCGAUAAAGAACGAUAAUUCCCAUGAAUCCUUGAGAAAAUUCUCUCUUCCCAAGGAUGUAAAGUCGGAAGUACCAUCGAAGCAAGAAUUACUAUGCGUUCCUAAAAAAACCAGCAGCCCGCCGUCGCCUACCACACUGCAAUGGGAAAGAGCAGUGGCCGAAGUAAAAGAACAUGCGGUGGCGAAGCUGCAGGAAGAACUUAAAAGGGCUCAUGAGGAAUUGAAACUGAAAGACGAGGAAGUGGCUAGACUUUCGCGGAUCAGGCAAGAUGUAGAAGCUGAGCUCGAAGAACUCACUGCCAGUCUUUUUCAAGAAGCACAUAAUAUGGUUCGAGAGGCUAAUGUACGCCAGGCAACGGCGGAGCGUCUUCUAGAGGAAAGUCGCAUGAAAUCGGAAGUGCUUGCGGCCGAAGUAGCAGCUUUGAAAACUUUGGUCCUUACAUCCACACCGUCAAGGCCCAAUCCCCAUUUGCAUCCUCAAAUCGAUAUGAAAGGUCGUCUUAGUAAUGGGGAAGAGGGUCAGCAGGGCCUUUUUACGAAGAAACAUCGAAGAUCGCCGUCGCAUUUUAAUUUAAAAUAUGGUCGCGAAAAUUCACCGCCUGAUUCACCGGUGAAGGAGCAAAGAUUGCCGUUAUCGACUGACAAGGAGAUUCUCGAGAGGGAUUGGAAGCGGGAACGCGAGAAGGAGAAAGAAAGGGAAUGCAAAGACUUCGGUUUGGAAGUCGAUCCGAGAAUGCAUACAGAGUUUCUCAGGUGGAAGGCAAAUCCUUGCGUUGACAAGAGCGAUCCCUUCGUUGCGAGGGUAUUUAGGGAAGAUAUCGACUUGUGUUUAGAUUUCCCUAAUAAAGAAUUGGGAGCUAAAGUCAGGCAAGCCGUUCUGGACGGCAUUAUCUUUAUCGAAGCGGUCAGCGAUAAAACAAAACUCGCUUUUCCCAAAAAAUGCGCACUGUUAGAGGCACCACGACAAUGUCAUUAUCGUAUGCGACUUGGUGAUCAAGAAAAUCAAUGGCACUGCAUUUCGCAGAUUUGUCGCAAUCGAAUUAUAGCGGUGUGUGAUUUUCUUAAUUAUCUGAGAUACGUCGAGCGUGGUCUCGUCAAAAGCUCAGUUCAUGACGUUUAUUGGGAAAUCACGCGACUAAGAAAGGAAAUGGUUUUCGCACGAUUGGGUCUGGCAUUGUCAUCCUGAGGUACGCGCAGACGAGAUGUUAUUUAGUCUCGAAUUAAUUUUAGCCAGGAGUUUUUGACAGCCAUUUUUUGAGAGAAUCAAUGCGUAGAUUACGCAAAAAAUUGAUAUAAUUUAGCGACGAUCUCGUCGAUCAUCGGCCUUUCACCUAACGAAGGUGAUAAUACCAUCAUUUUUGAGAUAUCUAGAGUCUCUCUAAUUCUGUGAAAUAAUUCUGAUGAUAACAAUGUUUCCAAGAAAUUUAUAUGUUGUUGAAGAGGCUAUAUUAUUUAUGAAAAGUAUGUGUAAUUUAUUCAUAGAAUUUUAUUUUCUUUUUUUAUUUGUGUUGCGCGAUCAAUGAAUUAACUCGCUGCAUUAAUUUAUUUCUACUUCUUUACACAUACAUUACUCAGGAUUAGAUUUGGCAUUAAGUUUCAAAAGAAGCGUCAUUUUUUCCACACAUGAAUUUCGUCGAAAUAUUGAUGCCUUCUAUGGCAGAUCUUAGGUUUAGUUAUCUGCAAACAAAUUAAAAGCAGCACUGAAGCUGAUUACAAGGCUGUGAAUGAAAUCUUGACAGGCGGAUGAGGUCGAUGGUACUCCUACAUGAAAAAUGUAAAUAAUAUAAGAGAUUUUUGAGAUGUUGUAUCAUGUUUUUUCAAGUUUAACUGAACAUCAUCGAACUAUCGUUAAACUCAUGUGAAUUACAACAUUUUAAUAAGAAUUUUGAAUCUAUUGACGUUUAUUCCAUGAGAUAGUUAGUGGUUAACACAAUCAUAUUAUAUAAUCAUAUUAUGAAAUUACAUGAUAUCGCGUGAUUUGGUAUUAACAUCAAAGAAAAAGACUCAGUGUUUGUGAAUUAUUUAUUUAAAUCUUAUAUCGUAUUUUUGACUUGUUGUUGUAUUAAUUUUUUUAUUCAUACACACGUAUAUAUUUUGUUGUUUUUAAUUUAUCGGUUUAUAUGUUGUGUAUAAUCUGAUUUUAUUAAUUAUUGAUUGUUAACAAUUCUUAAGUGUUUAUACCGAAUCCCGAGAUCGUAAAAUUCGUCAUUUAGAAGUUAUACUCAUUGUUGGAUCAUGAUGACUAUAUAUAUAUAUAUAUCUACUUUCGAUAUUAUUACUCUUAGGAAAGAUUUACAUCUGUGUGGACCAUACGAAUCUCAAAAUUCUUAGUGUACAUAGAACUAGAAACUUCUAUCAUGUCUCAUAAUACUUCUACACGUCUAUUAUAAUGCGUCCGAUUAUACGGAACAUUUGUUUAUACUCUACAAAUAUUAAUCUGGCAUGUUGAAAGUAUAGAUUCUUUGAUAUAGAUUACGUUAAUAUAUCAAUCGAAACUGACAUUUACGUCAGUUAUGUAUUUUCUGAGAUUGUAUAUAUAAAUAUCUAUCAUAUAUUUUGUUUACUACGAGGAUAUUUUUCAAAUUGAAUUUCGAAUCGCAAUAUGCUAAUCGACUCUUUAGGCAAAUAAUCUCUGCAACAAUUCGCUCGAUGUGCGAUUCGAAAUAUUAAAUUACAAAAAUGAUGUAUAGUUAUUUCGUUGUUGUAAGGCGAUGCUGAUUUAUUAGUAAGAUCUUAUUUUGACUCUCUGUUGUCUUCCAUUAAUUCAACUUUAUUUGCUGUGACAGUAAGUGAAAAUAUGCAAAACGAUUUAUAGAUUAAUUGACUUCAAAUCAUGCCAAGCGUACAAAUUAUAGCCAACGAUAAAAACGAAUAACGUUCCUUUGGAUAUUUUCCACUGGAUGUGGAAAAAGAUUUCUUCUAAGCAAGUUUUCUUCUGUGAAUAGAAAAUGUGUUGAUUGUAUAUGAAAUGUGUAAAUAGAAUCUUCUAACAUUACUUGAGAUAAAAACUUGUAUUUAAAAAUGAAAUAUAAAUUAUCGCUAUUGCAAAAA